AUGUCGAUUACCUCUGAUGCGAUUACGGGGGUAGACCAAAGUAAGAAGAAGUUAUGGGAGCGAAUUCUGGAACAAUAUAAACAACAUAUUGGUGUUCUAACUGAGCGAAAUGAUGGAGGUUUGAUGAAUCGUUGGUCUGUGAUUCAACAAAAAAUCAACAAAUUUUCCGGCUACAUAACUACCAUAGAAAUGAAUCGUCCCAGCGACUUCAGCAGUGAUGAUAUGAUGAUAGCAGCUAAAGACUUGUUUCAUAGCCAAACAGGUGGUGAAUUUAAGUUAGAAACCACGACAGAUGGAGCUUCAACUGAAGAAUCACCACCCAUAGGGGAAAAUGAUUCAUCCGGUGUGGAAGAAUAUCAACUACAAAGACCAGCAGGAAGAAAAGCGGCGAAGCAGCGUCGAACAAAAAUUAAUUCAGCGAAUGAAUUGCGAACUUCAUUCGUUUCGAAAUUUAAUAAUAUCACUACCUGUUUUAAGAGUCGUCAGGAAAAAAUGAAAAAUGCCCAAAUGACACGAGAGGUAAGAAAAAUGAAGAAAGAGAAGGAGUUUCUAGAGAAACAGAGACUUGAAGAGAAGGAGUUCAUGUUAACAGAUCCAAAUUCAGCACCAACAGAAGCUGGAAAAGCUUGGAUUAUUGCACGACAAAAUGAGAUAUUGGCAUCUUUGAAUUCAUGGUCCGCCCCAAAGUUCCCAUAG